AUGCGCCGCGGCCUCUUAGUGUUCCUCAUUGUCAACCUCCUUAUCAUCACGUUUCUCGUCCGCAGCGUCUCCACGCUCCUAUCAUUGCUCUUGGAAGAUGCUCAGGCUGAUGCGAUUCACCGUGCGGAACUCCCUUCGCCGAACUCCAGCUUGAUUGAACAACGGCCGCAGAUUAUCCCCAAGAUCAUUCACCAGACAUACAAGAACGAGUCGAUUCCUGAAGUGUGGCAAGAAGCUCAAAAGAGCUGCAUCGACCUGCAUCCUGAUUACGAAUAUAUGCUAUGGACAAACGAGAAGUCCCGCGAAUUCAUUGCCGCUGAAUAUCCGUGGUUUCUGGACACAUUCGAUGGGUACAAGUAUCCUAUUCAGCGCGCCGAUACCAUCCGCUACUUCGUUUUGGCUCAUUAUGGAGGAACCUAUAUUGAUCUUGAUGAUGGCUGCAACCGUCGGUUAGAUCCCCUUCUUUCAUACCCUGCGUGGGUCCGCCGCACUGUUCCCACCGGUAUCUCAAACGACGCCAUGGGCGCUGUCAAGCAACACCCAUUCUUCCUCCGCGUAAUCGACCUACUGCAGUCAUAUGACCGCAGCUGGCUCCUCCCGUACAUCACGGUCAUGUACUCGACGGGUCCGCUAUUCCUUUCGGUGAUUUGGAAGGAGUAUAUGGCAGACAACCCUGCCGAAGCUGCUCGUGUGCGAAUUUUGAUGCUCGACGAGUACAACCGACAUUCGUGGAGUUUCUUCACUCACCAUGUGGGAAAUAGCUGGCACGGAAAGGAUGCCAGGCUCAUUUUUUGGAUGGGCCAGCAUUGGAUGCUCCUUACCGUGUGCGGCUUCGUCCUUGCCGGUGCUGUCGGGCUGUGCUUGUGGUGGGCUUACGGCCGAUUGCUCCUUCUCGGCUCAAGAUACCGCUACCGGUAUGCCAAGGUACCCAACCUUGGUCUUUCGCGCUUGGCCUCUCCUACGCGUCGGGCGCGCGGCGUGAUGCCCAUUUUGCUUCGCCGUGUCAGCUUCAAGGAUGAAGAAAAUGGGCCCACCGAGACCUCUUACGAAUACAGCCGACGCGACUAA